AUGAAGAGCAAAAUUCUUGCACUUCUCUUUUUCUUUGCAUUGUCCUCGCAACAACUAUUUGGAUCAACCCAAGCUUCAGUCGAUGAAGUCCUCGAUACAUCGGGGAAGAAACUUCGAGUUGAUGCCAAUUAUUACAUCAUUCCGGCUACACCAUUUUUCAUAUGUGGUUUUGUUAGUUGCUUCAAUAUAAGUGGCGGUGUUUCCCUCGAAACAACCAGUGAAUCUUGCCCUCUUGAUGUAGUAGUUGUGAAACAAAGUCUAGGGUUACCUUUGCGGUUCAAACCCUUAAAUAACAACCUAGGAGUUAUUCGUGUUUCUACAUAUCUCAACAUUAUGUUCUCUAAUCAAAGUUCUAAUUCUAGAUGUCCCCGCGAUUCCUUAGUAUGGAAGAUUGAUCCUUUUUCUAAAGAAGAAACAUUUGUGACCACGGGUGGUGUAUUGGGCAACCCAGGUUCGCAAACAAUUAGAAAUUGGUUCAAGAUUGAGAAGCACGAUGAUGCUUACAAGUUGGUCUAUUGUCCUAAUGUGUGUUCUUCUUGCAAGCAUGUAUGCAAAGAUAUUGGAAACUAUGUGAAUAAGACUGGGGAAAUGCGUUUGGCACUCACUAAUGACCCCUUCAAAGUUAUGUUUCAGAAGGUUUGA